AUGUCAUACAUCAGCUAUAUAGGCUGCAGUCUGUCUGCUGUAUUUUCUGCUUUCUCCAUAUUGUCCUAUAUUGUCAACAGUAAUGCCAGGAAAGAAGUGUCCAGACGCAUCCAUGUGUCUCUGAGUGCUGCUCUGUUUCUCCUCAACAUCAGCUUCAUGCUCAGUGAAUGGGCCGCCACACUGAAUAUAAAUGAAGUUUGUGUGUUUAUUGCUGUGAUGAUACACUACAGUCUGUUGUGUUGUUUCACCUGGAUGGCCAUUGAAGCUCUGCACCUCUAUCUUCUUCUGGUCAGAGUCUUCAACAUUCACAUCAAGCAUUACAUGGUCAAGCUCUCUCUGAUUGGAUGGGGAGUCCCGGCUCUUCUUGUUGGAUGCUUGCUAUCAGUUCAUAGCAGUCGAUCUGUGUAUGGUACUAAAAAUUUCACAUUAAAAGAUACCAGAAUCUGCUGGACAACAGAUGGUGUCAUCGUUUAUGCUGUCAACAUUUCCUACUUUGUCCUUGUGUUCCUGUUCAACUCUGUAAUCUUGAUCGCAGUGUCCAGAUUAAUCUUUAGGCUAGAAUUAUCAGACAACAGACCUAAGAGCAAAACCGCUUGCAAGAAUGCCAGCACAGUUCUUGGUUUAAUGUGUCUGAUGGGGACCACGUGGGGUUUGGCCUUUUUCGGUUCUGGAUAUAUAAACUAUGCUAUUCUUUACCUCUUCUGCAUCUUCAACUCAACACAAGGGUUUUACAUCUUUCUGUGGAUGUGUCUGACAGGGAGGACUAAAAAACAGCGAGAAGAAAAGACGACUACAACCACUGACAGCCAAAAACACAACACCUAACCUUAAAUCACUUAAAUCAAAACAAGUUUAAGUAAAUCACUUUUAAUAUCAGAAAGCAAAACAACAUUAAAGUUUUUUUUAAACUUAAAAUCCUUUAAAAGAUUACUUACUACAUAAUUUAUGGUU